AGCGUAGAACGGCCGACUUCAUAGACGUCUUCCUACUGUUUUCUAACCCGCGAUUCUUCACGUAGCUUCCAGAACCUUCUUUCGAAAUCCAAACCCUUACAUAAAUCAACGAUCGCCUGAAUUACUGUUUUCUCUUAUCGACUUGAUUGUGGUUGCAAUAACUAUAGGAAACUGAACAGAGCCUGUAAUUAGGGUUGGCUUUUUUGACACAAGGAUAUGGCGAAAGAGGGACCUAACUGGGACGGUUUGCUCAAGUGGAGCAUUGCUAAUUCGGAUGGUACUGGAACUGGUAGAAACUUAAGUGAGGAGGAUCGGAAAUGGUUCAUGGAAGCUAUGCAAGCUCAAACAAUUGAUGUGGUUAAACGCAUGAAAGAAAUAACUCUGGUUAUGAAAACUCCUGAUAACGUUUUGGAGGAGCAAGGUGUAACUGCAACAGAUAUUGAAGAUAUGUUGGAAGAGCUUCAAGAGCAUGUCGAGUCUAUUGAUAUGGCCAAUGAUCUGAAUUCUAUUGGUGGUUUGACCCCUCUACUCAACUAUCUAAGGAACUCCCAUGCUAAUAUACGAGCCAAAGCUGCAGAGGUUGUGAGUACCGUUGUCCAGAACAAUCCCAAAAGCCAGCAAUUGGUUAUGGACGCAAAUGGCCUCGAACCUUUGCUUUCUAAUUUCGCUUCUGAUGGUGAUAUUACUGUUCGGACCAAGGCACUUGGUGCGAUAUCCUCUCUGAUCAGGCAUAACAAGCCAGGGAUUGCAGCAUUUCGUCUUGCAAACGGCUAUGCUGCGCUGAAAGAUGCUCUAAGCUCGGGAAAUGUCAGAUUUCAGAGGAAAGCACUUAACUUGAUCCAAUACUUGCUUCAAGAGAACCCGAGUGAUCGCAAUGUUGUUACAGAACUCGGGUUUCCACGCAUCAUGACACAUCUUGCCUCGAGUGAAGAUGGGGAAGUACGAGAAGCUGCAUUAAGCAGUCUUUACGAGCUUUCCAAGGACAAAACAGGAGAAGCAGAUAAUAGCGUACACGUAGAUGAUGAAAAACUAAAACAAGUUCUUCAAGAUCGGAUCAACAAUAUCAGUGUGAUGUCAUCCGAAGAUCUUGCAGCUGCCAAAGAGGAACGACAGCUUAUAGACUCCUUAUGGACCACACGUUACAACGAACCAUCGUCUCUUAGAGAGAAAGGACUCGUCGUUCUUCCUGAGGAUAAUGCACCAGCCCCGGAUGUAGUCUCCGGACUUCUCGAGUCUCCCCUUAGGGCACCAAACCGACCAGCUGGAAAUGGUAAAAAUUCUGAAAAGAGAGAAGCACCAUUGUUACUUGGUCCUUGACUGCGAAUGUGAACCAGCAGCAGGUUGGCUGGUUGAACUUGAUGUUUUGUUGUUUCCACAAUUGGCCUGGCUCGGGCUUACUUCAUUUGGGCUCGAUCUUUUGUGUUUGGCCGUCUUCUGAAAUAUUGCUUUUUAUGCUACAUCUACAUUUGUAAAUGUAUCGAAUAUUUUCGCUGUUACGUUCACAGAAUCUAAAUUGAUUUGUAAGUGUCAAAAUAUACGUUCAAACCCUUUCAA